AUUAAAUCUUUAAUGCCUAUUUUUUCUUAUAGUACAUAGUGCAAUUGUGAAUACCUAAAAGAGAAAUAUGCAAAUCACAAGUUUAUUUGUUUUAAAAUUCGGGCUCUUUUGAUCGCGAAUCAUUGCAUAUGCGUUUUCUCAUAUAUGUGUAUAUGUAUUAUACUUGCAUAUAGGUAUGUGAUUGAAAUAUGAAUUGACAUGCUCUAUCAUAUUGUAGUGGGGACAGAUCAUAUUGUAGUGGACAGAGAGGUGUUGAAGGUAGUUUUUUGAUAAUCAUGUCUUGCAUAAUCUCAAUGUAGUGGACUGAGGUGAAAUUUUGUUUGGAAAUGAUGCAAGUUAAAUUUGUUGUGCAGUAACUGAAAUUUUAGGAGAACACUUGUUGCAUGUGACUCUGGUAUUACUUGUGGAGCGCAUUAGGUAGCUCAUGGAGAUGUGUUAAUAUAAUAUUUUUUUACCUAAUUUAAUCGUUGAUUAUAUGGAUUGUCAUAAAAAUGGUGAAUUUAGGGUUGCAUUCUGUUGAUUGAAUGAUGUAAAUUGGGUUUCUGCAUUAUGUUCCUUGUGCUGUCAAUACUUUCAUCUUGAUUUUCAGAACUUAGCUGCUGACAAUUUUUUUUUAAUUGAAUUCAUUUCGGCUUUUAUAUUGGGUUCUGCACUACAAUUCUGGGAUGCUUUGCUGAUGCAGAUGGUCGAUAAAAGAGGAUUUGUUGUUUUUUUUUAUAAGUACUAAAAGAGGAUUUGUUGUUUUUGAACAUAUGACCUUUGAUUGUUGGUAAGGAGUAAAAGCGAAAGCCCUCUUUGUGCCUUCUCAGUGGUUAAUUAACGAAUACUGACCUCUUGUCAUUGUGGGAGGUGGCUCGUCUUCACUUUAUUACGACAAUCAAACAAAAUAACUGAUUCAAUUCAAUGGAAGGAGAAGAAGAAGAUAGAGUUCUGUUAAGCAGUUUGGGUGUCACAUCUGCAAACCCUGAUGAUAUCGAGCGGGAUAUAUUAGCCAAGGCAAGAAACAAUGCUGGGGAUGGUAGUGAAGCUGGAGGGAGCUCGGAGGAGCAAGUUCUUGACAGAUCUAAAAGCAAUGAAUCGUCAUCUACCAGCCAUGCUGGCCUCUAUAAUAAAUUGAGAGCAGUAAAAAUUGAAAUAGAUGCUGUUGCAUCUAGUGUUGAACAGGUAAAGAACUUUGCAAGAAAUGAAGACACUGUUCCCGAUGGUAAUGAUGACAGAAAGCAGGGAGACACAGAGGAUGAACAAAUCAUUGUCCAGCCUUCUUCCAGUACCCUUCAGGAGGCCCUAGCUGCUGAACGGCUAAGAAGUCUGAAGAAAACGAAGGUUAAACUUGAGAGAGAAAUAUCAAUUUUAUGUAAGGAUGACCCGUCCAGUAUCAAGCAUGACUGCUUGAUUCAGAAUCUUGUUAAGGAAGAGAUUAAACCCAAGAGAAAAUUGAAAGAAGUUCAAAAAUCAAGCAAGGAUUUGAAAAAGCGAAAGAAAACUGUUUCAUUUGACGAGGAUGAUGAUUUUGAUGCAGUGUUAAAUGCAGCAUCUGCAGGAUUUGUUGAAACAGAAAGGGAUGAGUUGGUUCGGAAAGGAAUAUUAACCCCCUUUCAUAAGCUCAAGGGCUUUGAACGUCGUAUUCAACAACCAGGGCUGUCUAGCAGGCACAAUAUACCCCAGGAAGAAGACAAGACUGAUGUUCUUGCUUCCACCAGCAUAGCCAGAGCUGUCCAGUCAAUGUCAGAGGCUGUGCAAGCUCGCCCAACAACCAAGCUGCUCAAUUCAGAAUCGCUGCCAAAACUUGAAGCGCCCACUCGUCCUUUCCAAAGGCUAAAAGCACCCCUGAAGAUCCCUCGGUCACUAGAGAGUGAGGUGGAGAAGAACAAAGAUACAAAAAGGAAAACAAGAAGGCCAUUGCCUGGCAAGAAAUGGAGAAAAUUAACUUCACUUGAGAAAGAACUUUUGGAAGAAACUGAAGAUGCAAAAGAUGACUUGGUCAGCUCCAGUUAUGAAGAAGAAAACCAAGAAGUUGCUGGUGUUGAUGAUACUGAACCUCCUUUCAUGACACUUGAAGGUGGGCUGAGAAUCCCAGAAAACAUUUUCAGCAAACUUUUUGACUAUCAAAAGGUGGGGGUCCAGUGGUUAUGGGAACUCCAUUGUCAAAGAGCAGGUGGGAUCAUUGGAGAUGAAAUGGGUCUCGGUAAAACUAUCCAGGUCUUAUCUUUCCUUGGAGGAUUGCAUUUCAGUAAAAUGUACAAACCUAGCAUAAUUAUCUGCCCUGUCACUCUCUUGCGGCAAUGGAAGAGAGAAGCGCAAAAAUGGUACCCAGCCUUUCUUGUGGAGCUACUUCACGAUUCUGCAAACAAUCCAGUUAGUAGAAAGAAGCGUGCCAAAUCUUAUGACAGUGACUAUGAAAGUGAAGAACUGCUUGACAGUGAUAGUGAAGGAAAUUUAUCUUCUAGAAACACCAAAAAAUGGGAUACUUUAAUAAAUCGUGUUUUGAGGUCAGAGUCUGGGUUGCUAAUUACUACUUACGAGCAACUACGGUUGCUCGGGGAAAAGCUGGUUAACAUUGAGUGGGGUUAUGCAGUACUGGAUGAGGGACAUCGAAUUCGAAAUCCAAAUGCAGAAGUUACUUUAGUCUGCAAACAACUACAGACAGUUCACCGCAUAAUAAUGACAGGUGCACCAAUUCAGAACAAGCUGACUGAACUAUGGUCUUUGUUUGAUUUCGUUUUCCCCGGAAAGUUGGGUGUCUUGCCAAUAUUUGAGGCUGAAUUUGCAGUUCCCAUAUCUGUUGGUGGUUAUGCUAAUGCUUCGCCAUUGCAAGUAUCGACUGCUUACAGGUGUGCAGUGGUUCUACGUGACUUGAUAAUGCCUUACCUCCUUCGGCGAAUGAAGGCUGAUGUGAAUGCCCAACUUCCGAAGAAGACUGAACAUGUUCUCUUUUGCAGCCUUACUGAAGAGCAGCGAUCUGUCUACCGAGCAUUUCUUGCUAGCUCUGAGGUGGAACAGAUCUUUGAUGGGAACAGAAAUUCUCUUUAUGGAAUUGAUGUGAUGCGUAAAAUUUGUAACCACCCUGAUUUACUCGAGAGAGAGCAUUCCUGCCAAAAUCCGGACUAUGGCAAUCCUGAACGCAGUGGAAAAAUGAAAGUUGUUUCUCAAGUGCUUAAGGUGUGGAAGGAACAAGGUCACCGCGUUCUUCUUUUUGCACAAACUCAACAAAUGCUAGAUAUUCUUGAGAAUUUUCUAAUGGGAGGUGGCUACAAUUAUAGGAGAAUGGAUGGUCUCACUCCUAUAAAACAGAGAAUGACCUUAAUGGAUGAAUUUAACAACUCAGAUGAUGUAUUCGUAUUCAUUUUGACAACCAGGGUUGGCGGUUUGGGAACGAAUCUAACUGGCGCAAACAGGGUGAUCAUCUUUGACCCUGACUGGAACCCUUCAACUGACAUGCAGGCCAGGGAGCGUGCUUGGCGUAUUGGACAGACAAAGGAUGUAACAGUUUAUAGAUUGAUCACUCGUGGAACCAUAGAAGAGAAGGUGUAUCACCGACAGAUUUACAAACAUUUUCUCACUAAUAAAAUAUUGAAGAAUCCACAACAAAGAAGGUUCUUCAAAGCCCGAGAUAUGAAGGAUCUCUUCACUUUGAAUGAUGAUGGAGAGGGUGGUGCUACUGAAACAUCCAAUAUUUUCAGUCAGAUUACUGACGAUGUAAAUGUUGUUGGAGUGCAUAAAGAUGACCAGGAUAAGGGGAAAUCUCUCAAAGUGGCAUUACCAAAUGAUGAUGAUAUCGCUGUCGACAAAGGAAACAACUCAGGGAUUGGACCAUCCAAAAAGAAGGGGAAAGAAAAGGCUGAUCAAAGUGAUAAUGAAGUCGAUCAAGAAACUAACAUUUUGCGGAAUCUUUUUGAUGCUCAUGGAAUUCAUAGUGCCAUGAACCAUGAUGCAAUUAUGAAUGCCCAUGAUGAAGAAAAGAUUAGGCUUGAGGAGCAAGCAUCCCAAGUUGCACAGAGAGCAGCAGAAGCAUUACGCCAGUCACGAAUGCUUAGAAGCCAAGAAAGUAUAUCUGUUCCAACCUGGACUGGGAAAUCGGGAGCUGCUGGUGCACCAUCAUCUGUUCGUCUGAAAUUCGGCUCAACCAUAAACUCCCAGUUGAUCAAUAAUUCAAAACCUUUGGAAGAAUCAUCCAGCAAUGGAGCUAGCAGGCCAAAUGGCUUUGCAGCCGGGGCAUCUGCUGGCAAAGUAUUAUCCUCAGCUGAACUGCUGGCUAGGAUUCGAGGAAACCAGGAGAGAGCAGUUGGUGAUGGGCUUGAACAUCAGUUUGGCAUAGCUUCAAGUUCUGCAAGCCGAGGAAGAGCUGUGGACAAUGAGCCUUCUAGGUCGUCUCUCAACUUAUCUGGGGUGCAGCCAGAAUUGUUGAUUCGCCAGAUCUGUACGUUUCUACAACUAAGAGGUGGAAGUACCAGUUCAGCCAGCAUAGUGCAGCACUUCAAGGACAGGAUACCUUCAAAGGACCUUCCUUUAUUCAAGAAUCUUUUGAAGGAAAUAGCCACUUUGGAGAAAGAUCCAAAUGGGUCUAAAUGGGUAAUAAAACCAGAGUAUCAGCAACAGUAAUUUUUUCAAUGUGGCCUUUGAAAGCAUUGAUUGCUUGCUUCUUCUUUUCAGCAUAUGAUGGAACUAUUCUGGAGCUGCCGUAGUGUUCUUACUUCUUGGUCUCUCAAAAAAAUUAAAUAGGUUACGCUUUAAAAUUACAUCUUCUAUCUUGGGCACAUGAAGUCUCGGUGAUAGUGUGUGCCUCAUUUUGUACAAGACUACACGACAGAUGAUAUCUUUUUACCGUACAGAUUAGUUUUCUUGUACAUUUUUUGCUCAUCCAAGUUUUGCGGCAUUGUAAAAAACUGACAAUGCGGUAUUUUUUUCCCCUUGCAUAUGAGUUAAACUCUGCAAUUUAUUGACUGUAGACUGAUUUUAUGCCAUAAAAUCUUAGAAAGUUGUUGAUCGGCUA